AUUUCUUAAGAAUGGAUCUUGAAUUAUUUCACGAUUUGCUGUUCAAGGUUAAGCCUUUCAUUGAAAAACAAAAUACACAGAUGAGAGAUUCUAUUUCACCACAACUUCGACUUUCUACCACUCUAAGAUAUUUGGCCAGUGGUGCAACUUAUGAAGAUUUAAAAUUUUUGACAGCGAUAGCUCCGCAAACAAUAGGAAAAAUUGUAAUUGAAACAUGCGAAGCGAUUAUUAGUACAUUGAAGGAAUAUAUACAGAUGCCAAGAAAUGAAGAGGCCUGGAAAGAAAUCGCAUCAAAUUUUAAUAGCCGAUGGAAUUUCCCAAAUUGCUUAGGUGCAAUAGAUGGUAAACAUGUAGCGAUUAAAAAACCAGGAAAUUCAGGUAGCCACUAUUUUAACUACAAAAAGACUCACAGCAUAGUGCUGAUGUUGAUAGCUGAUGCAAACUACGAAAUUAUAAUGGCGGAUAUUGGAUCAAAUGGUAGAAUUUCAGAUGGUGGAGUCUUUACCGCAACAAAUUUUUAUGAAAGACUUGAAGAAAACAGAGUAAAACUCCCAGAUCCAAUAAACUACCAAAUUUUCCAGAAAAGGUGCCAUACGUAUUUAUAGCAGAUGACGCUUUUCCUUUAAAAGAACAUAUUAUAAUGAAGCCAUAUAGCCGAAGGGCUUUAACAUUGGAAGAGGACAUUUGUAAUUUCAGGUUUUCCAGAGCUCGACGGAUUGUCGAGAAUGUUUUCGGAAUUUUGGCUUCAAGAUUUCGAGUUUUAUUAACUACGAUAAAUUUAUCCCCCGAAAAAAGUGCUACCAUUGUUCUGGCUUGUUGUUACUUACAUAAUUAUCUGAGUAAGAACCGGGGGCAAACAUAUAGGGAAGGAAAUAUACGUAAUGAGAACACUCAUUCUGGGGAGGAGUUACUACCCAUAAAUAACAACACAAAUGCGCGAAAUUCAACACUUUUUGCAAAAGAAGUAAGAGAUAAAUUUCGUACAUAUUUUAAUACCGUUGGUGCAGUUCCAUUUCAACAAACAGUAUAAUAAUAUAAUUAGCACUUGUAUUUGGGAUUUAUAAAAUA